AUGUCACACUGGGUGAGGGAUGUUGUUGCCCUAGCCUACGAGGAACGCGGUCAAGCUUCCUCUCUAGGAGUUGGGCCCAUUCAACCAGCACCCAGCACUUCUUCCAACUACCUUGAGCAAGACUCUGCACCUACCACAACAGAAUCUUCACCUGAUAGUCGAGGGGAGGUUGCAGGACCCAGUACAACUCCUGCAAGAGAUCCAGGAUCACUAAGCAGCACUCCACACCAUUUCAGUCACUUUUCCAGGCAGAACCACGAGAAGCUGAUAAAGAAGCACUUGAAAUCUUCAGCCUCCAAUCUGCUCCAGCGAUUGUUCAAAAUGAGCAAGAUUGUUGUUUUUCCCGAAGAGGGCUUCAAGGGCAGAACAGCUGAAUUCAAGAAUGAUGUCCACAACUUAGAAGAAAAGGGCUUCAGCAAAGUCAUUUCAUCUCUCAAAGUUAUUGGCGCACCAUGGGUGGCAUAUUACGACAAGAAUUUUGCUGGAAAGCAACGGGUGUUUCAAGAAGGAGAGUAUGCUACUCUUGAUGACAAGGGAAUGUUUUCUUCCCUCAAGAUCAUCACAGAUGACUUGGACAACCCUGAAAUCCAGCUGUUUGAGGACGCGAACUAUCAAGGAAGAAGUGUGACCCUACGCCAAGAAACCUGUCUUCACAGCAUUAACUUCAGUGACGUCGCUUCCUCCCACAAAGUGAAAGGUGGUGUCUGGGUUUUAUACGAACAUGCCAAUUGUCAGGGUGCCCAGCUUGUGUCUUUCCCUGGGGAUGAAGUUCCCAGCUAUUUCCCGUUCUCCUUCAAUGAUGUUGCCAGCCAUGUGCAACCCUUGCUGCCGAAGCCAUAGACAGAAAAUGCGCUGCAUGAUUUUCAUCAUUAAAAUGCCGCUCUCUGCAUCUAAAUAUAAACUGGAAGCCUUUUGGAAAGAGCGAGGCAGGUGGUGGGGAAAGACCGAUCUUGACAAGAAACAAUGACUGUGACUUCAAUAAGUCUAAGAAACUUCAUGCAGUUUAACUCAACCUCAACAAUUACGGAUACCUGUGUGAAGACAUACAGUGCAUGUUAAUUUGGCAAAUAUUCUGUAACACUGAUGAAAAUGUUUAUUGAACAAUUUAAGUUGCUUUGGCUUUCAUAUAUAGUGAUCAGUAGCAGUAAAUAUAUACAAUAAAGCACAGCUUUUGAAUUUUA